AUGUCCGUAACCUCCAAAGACCAACCCCCCAGCCUCCCCCUCCAUGAACCCUCCACCAACACAACAACCCCCUCCCAAACCCCCCACAGCCACCACACCCUCCGCACCGAAGCCGCCGCCUUCAUCGGUGAGUUCAUCGGCACCUUCAUGUUCCUCUCCCUCGCCUUCACCGGCACGCAAAUCGCCUUGAACGCAGCGGGCAGCAAAGAGCUAUCCGGUAGCGGCGAUCCCUUACCCGACGUAGCAAAACUUCUCUACAUAGCCUUUGCCUUUGGCGCCUCACUCGCGAUUAACGUAGCAAUCUUCGCCGAUAUCAGCGGUGGGAAAUUCGUAACAAUAGCCCUCUACCUCACCCGCAAAAUUCACUGGCACCGCGCAACCCAAACAAUCAUCUCCCAACUCCUCGCCUCCAUCGCCGCCUCCGCCUUCACCUCCGCCCUUCUCCCAGGCCCCCUCACAAUCGCCACCACGCUCUCUCCCUCCAUCUCGCUAACCCGCGGCCUCUUCCUCGAAGCAUUGGUUACCUCCCAACUCAUCCUCACCAUCCUCAUGUUGGAAGGAGGGUGGGCGAAACCAAUGUACAUUGGUGCGUCGCUGUUUGUGGCGCAUGUGUGUAGUGUGUAUUAUACGGGCGCGAGUUUAAACCCAGCACGGAGUUUUGGACCGGCGGUUGUGGGUGGGUUUACGGGGUAUCAUUGGAUUUAUUGGGUUGGGCCGUUGUUGGGGAGUGCAGUGGCGAGUGCGGUGUAUGUUGGGGUGGGGUGGUUGAGGAGGGAGAGGGGGGGUGUGUAG